AUGUCAGAUAAUACUAUUGCAGAGUUAGUUUUCAAGCAACUUCAAGAAGUCCCUGAAAAUACUAGAUGCUUCGACUGCGGUUCUUCCCAUCCAUCCUGGACAUCAAUCAGCAAUGGUUCAUUUAUAUGUCUGAAUUGCUCAGGCAUCCACAGAAGUCUAAGUGUUACUUACAGCACAGUACGCUCAUUAAACUUAGAUUCAUGGUCUGAGAAGCAACUUAAAAUGAUGUCAUGUGGUGGCAACAAGCUUCUUUACGAGUACUUCCAAGGCUAUGAUCUUAAUGAAGAAAGUGUUCAAAUGAGAUAUAGAACUAAGGCAGCUGAAUUUUACAGAUCUAGACUACGAUGCCUUGCCGAAGGUGUACCUUUCAACGAUGAAAAACCAGGUUAUGAUAAGGGAAGAGAAGUGAUUAUUGAACAGUCUAGAUCUGCUGCUGAGAUUAUGCAAAAUAACCCACCUUUCUAAAACAACAAUUAAUAAUAAGAGCAAUAAUAAUCAGGAUGGUUCUCAAAUCCAAUUAUGACUUCCCUAUGGGGCUACACAGCAAAAGCACUUGAGAAGGGUUAACAAGCGGUGACUGUCGUAGGUUCUAAAGUUUAGGAAAAAUUAGAUGGCACUGGCAUCGCUGAAAAUGUCUCAAGCCUCAAAUGGCUAAAUAAGAAUAAUAUUGAGCAAAAAAAGGAAGGCAAUCAGAGAAACUAACAGAAGAACUUUAAAGAGUUCGAGCAAGAAGAAGAUUAAAAAGAAGAGGAUGACUUAGAAUUAGAAAUCAAUAAGAAGUAGAAAAUUUCCAGCUUUAAAGAAUAGUAUAAAUCUAAAUACUCUGAUAGUGAGGACUCUGACGACAGCUAUUUCCUUAAAAAGCAACCAAGUAAUACUCAAAAGUAAUCUUAGAAAAACUUAGUGUAAGAGGAAACUAUUACGCUCAAGACACAAGAAUCGAAUUUAGAUGAAAUCUAAAGACUCAAAAACAAGUAUAGAUUCACCUCUUCCGAUGAAGAUGAAUCAGAGCAAGAAUAAGUUAAAGAAUUAAAACAAUAAAUCAAAUUUUAAGAGGAAUCAAAAGUAAAACCUAAUUUAUCUAUCUCGAGAUAAAGUUCUCAGACAUUGCGGUAAUCUGAAUUCAAAGAGGAUAGUAAAUCCUCAUAAAGUUUAGAAGAUGAAUAAUUUAAAAGAUUCUAAGAAAGGGAAAGACAGCUCUAAAUUUAAUAACAAUAGAUACUACAGCAGUAAGAAUAGUAAAACUAUCAAAGAUAGUUAAUGCAAUAAUAACAGUCAGACGAACUAGAUAAAUUUGCUGAAAUCAAGAACAGGCCUAGCUUAAUUUCUUAGAAAAAAUCUAAAAGAAGGAAUAAUAACGACAGUGAUGAUGAAGAUGGGAGUGAGCUAGAUUUUUACCAAUUGUCAGAUAUAGAUACCUCAAAUCUUUUACAAAGCACUGUGAAGAAGUAACGAUAAAAUGAAGAUUUGGAAAAAAGUAGAGACUAUUAGGAUUCUCAAUAGGAUGAAUAAUAAUUUGAUGAUGACAUAGAUGAUCAUCCAAUUCUUAAAUCUUCCAUUGCUAAGGUCGCUUCACUACUUGAUUCUUAAGUACUAAACUAUGACAGAUUGCUUUCUGACAGAUCUGAAACAAGCAUUUAAAAACAAAAUGGGCGAAUAGAAUAAAACUUGAAUGAAAAACAUUUUAGCUCAAACGAAAUAACUUUCAACGAUUUAAAUUCUCUUAGCUCUUCUAAAAAUGAUUAAACUUAUUAAAACCAGCAACAAAGAGUUCCCUAUCAUAAAGAUUAAUAAGAAUAGAGAGAUGAGAGAUUAGUCAUUCCGAGAUAAAAUUCUAGUCUUAAGCAAUAACAGCCUGUUUAUCAAAGUGUUAUUAAGGAAGAAGAUCUAGAGGAAUCUUCAAUAAUGAAUGAAUCGCUAAACUAUUCAUCAUAAGCCUCAAAUUAAAACAUGGGAUCAUCAUAUCUUUAAUCAAAACUCUCAAAUUUGAGACAUUAAACCUUUAACUAUGAAGAGAAGAAUACUAAUAAAAACAUAAGUAUGAAAGAAAACAAAGAAAAUUAUAGAGUAAAUUCUUUAGAAAAUAAAACUAUUUAGAAUCCAAGAAUUAAUGCAAUGAUAAUUAGAUUACUUUUAGAAAAGAAGGAAUAAAAAAAGGUUUAAUAAGGAUUCAAUAAAUGGAAAGAAUUGUAAAUUAAAGGUGUUUAUGAGAGCAAAUUAAAAAAUGCAGCAAUGAUGGUUGAUAAAAUGUCUAAAUUCUCGAGAAGUUUUAUAUCCUUGAACUCUUUGAGUUAAAUUAUAUAAAAGAACAAGCAAAGAGUAAUUGCAAAAUCUUUUAUUAAAUGGAUCAAGAAUACAGCUCCAAAAUAAAUUGCAAAGUAGCAAGAUUCAUCAAAUGAUAAAGAAUUUAUCAGACAAUUGCAAGAUCAACUAAAUUAAAAAGACUAAGAGAUUUAUAAGAUGGAAUAGAUGUUCAAAGAGUACUCAAAUUGGAAAUAAAAGCUUGAACAAAUAGAGUAAAAAAUGAAGUAAGAGUGUGAUUAUUGGAGAUCUUCAUGCGAAAAAUUGUAAAAAGAAAAUGAGAAACUAUAAAAAGAAGCUAUCAAAAUAACGUAAAAUCUAAUGGAAAGGACCAAGGAUAUUGAAUCAAAAUAGAUUACAAUAGAUUCAUUGUAGAAAAAGCUUAAACAAGCUAAAAGCUAGGCUGUUCCCUUAGACACUGUUGAAGAAGUGGUAUGUUAAAGCUGUAAAAAUAGCCUGGAAGAAUCAUAAAUAUUUACAGGCAGACUAUCAACUAAUAGAGGGGGUGUCGAGCAUUAAUACUCCUAAUAAGAUUUCGCUAUUAUAAAUCAGUUAAAUGAAAAAUUAGGUGAACUAGAAAAGCAAGUUAUGAUAUAUAGAGAGAGGGUCCAUUAUCAUGAAAGCAUUGAAGAGGAACUUAAAAAGAAUAUAGAAUCUUAAGUUGAUGUAGUAUUGAAAAUGGAAGAGGAAAGAUUAUUGCUACUUAAGGAAAACAAGGAAAUGAAAAAUAAAACUUAGCAUCUAACAUUUGAGAAUGAUGACUACAAAGCUAAGAUUAACCUCUUUGAAAAAGAACUUGAAGAGUUGCAAGAGUAGAUCAGAGAACAAUAGUAGCUUUCUGAAAAGAUGAUGCAAGAGAGAGAGUCUUCUUAACAAAAAUAAAGUAAACUUGAUGAAAGCGAUGAAAGUGAUUCAUAAUCAUAAUAUUCAAAAGUCAUAAAUAAAGAAAAUAAAACAUCCAAUACCUCAAUAAUAAAAAAGAAGCCAAAUGCACUAACUAACAAAUCUAAAGUAAAAAAACCAACUCAGUUAAAGUUCCAAUCCACUAACUAGUCUAAAAUCGGAGAAAACUCUGCAAUAUUUAGUUCAUCAUUAAAAUAAGCGAUUUAAUAGUCUGAAAAUGAUACCAAAUCAAAAUAUGGAGCAGAACCAAUCAAUAAAUAACUCGUUACUGAUAACCAACUUCUUACGAAUGAAUUAGUUAUGAUGGGAAGAGAAAUAUCUAAACUGAAGGCAGAGCUUAGAACUACACAAGAGACUUUAAAGAAGUCUGAGAAAGAAAAAUACGAUUGCAGGAAAAAUCUUGAAGGUAAAGAUACUGCUGUUGAAAAACUUAGAAAAGAAAGGGAUGAACUAUGGGCUGUAGUCAAUACUGAUAAAUACAAAAAUCUAAGAAACUUAGAACAAGAUAAGGAAAAAAUUGAAAAGAGCAAAUAAGAUUUAGAAAAUUAGAUCAUUUAACUAAAAGAUCAAAUUCAGAUUUAAUAAGAUUAAUUAUAGAAACAAGAAAUAAGAGUUCAGGAGCUAGAUUUUACUAGCACUCGUCUCAAGGAAAAAGAUUUCUAGAGAGAGAAACUUCUUGAAGCAUUGGAUGAAAAGACUAGAAAAGCAGAAAUUGAACUAAAUCAAUCCAAGUCCUGUAUGUCUUAAUUGCAUGAAGAAAAUGAAUAGCUAAAGCAAGAAAACAUGAAACUUAAGAAAGAUGUAGAUUGGCUUGCAAAUUCAGCUAAAAAUAACAAACUAUAAGCUGAAAGAGCGAUCAAUGAUCUUGAAGCUUAUACUAAAAUAUUGAGAGGAAUGGAGAAGAAAUUAGCAGAAGUUGAGAUAGAGAAAGAAAGUAAGGAAGCUGAUCUAAGGGAGCUCAGGACAAGAAAGAUGGGAAUCACUUAGUAGGCUUAAAUAAACUAAAUACCUGCAUAGUCUUUCUCAAUGAUUAACUAGAGUCUCUUGAGUGGGCAGCAAAUUAAUUCAAACUAAUGGCACAACAUUUCACAGUAGUAAAUUCCUUAGCCUUAUAUGACUCAAGGUUAAUAGUAAUCUUUAUAAAUGUGGUAACAAUAAAAUUAAUAGCCUUUGCCUAAUGUGAUGCCUAGAAAUAUUCCAUAGCCUCAUUAACCUCCAACAAGAUUCCAAUGA